UAUCAUACUAUUCUUAAGAGUACCAGUUAGACAUCGUCUAAUCGCUUGUUUUACGAGAAAAGGACGAGUUCGUAUGUUUCUGUCUAAAGAUAAAUACCUGCCUAGGUACCAAAAUAGCAUACUGAAGGUGAAACGCGAUGCUCGAAAUCCGAUGUGACGGAACGCCUUACGAGAUCGGGCUUAAGCAUGGCAAAGCAGCCAAGGAAAGGAUAGAGCGAUCUAUCCAGUUUUAUGGGCAACUAUUCCAAGAGUCAUGUUCAAUGAGUUGGGCGGAGGUCCUUCAAGAAGCGUCAAUAUACGUGGAACCCUUGAAGAAGAUAGCACCUCGCUAUCUUACCGAGAUCGAAGGCAUUGCCGAUGGGGCGAAUAUACCGUUUCUAGAUAUUCUGGCACUGAAUGUGCGGUCCGAGAUUACUUUCGGCCUCUUCACAGACAAAUCUAGGGGGUUGACCGACGUCCCUAGUGAUGGAUGUACGAGCCUGGGCUGGCUGACUGAGUCGACGUCGUUUCUCUGCCAGAACUGGGAUUGGAGGGUCGAACAGGGACAAAACCUUGUCGUAUGCUAUAUAUCACAGCCGGAUAGAGACAUCCCCGAUAUUGCCAUGGUAACGGAAGCUGGCAUCAUCGGGAAGAUUGGGUUCAACUCAAAAGGGGUAGGCUGCUGCUUAAACGCCAUUCGAUGCCGUGGUCUUGACCGGACCAAGUUACCCAUCCACUUCGCUCUCAGAACAGCGUUGGAAUCGAGAUCUCGCGAGGAAGCCGUAGCUUUGAUCAAAUCUUUCGGGGUUGCCGGAGGGGGACACAUCUUGGUGGGUGAUCUAACGGGAUCGACUGGCCUCGAGUGUACCAACCUCUGGGUGAAGGAGCUGGCUAUGGAUAAAGAGGGGCGAGUUUGCCAUACGAAUCACCUCGUUCUCGAUAAAUCGGACAUUGACGAACCUCCUUGGUUAAUGGAUUCGCCCAUAAGAUUGGAGCGAAUCCGAGAGCUCACGUCUAACCUUGAAGAGUAUACAGUGGAUACGAUGUUUGAGCUCUUUAAAGAUACCAAGGGACAUCCCACAUCCAUCAACAGGAAACAAGAAGGCGACAACAAACCCGAGACUUUAUUUAGCAUCAUUAUGGACUUGACAAGAAAUUAUGCCCAGGUAACUUUUGGUAGACCUACAAAAUAUAGCGAGCGGAUUAUGUUGGUGCUCUGAGGAAGAGAAAUAGAGAAGACGGACGAGAUGAUGAAUGAUGGAUGAGAUGGGAUGGACUAGUUCUAGGUACCGAAUAACUAAAUCAUAAC